UCAACCAAAAAUGAUGCACAUCAAAUACUUUUUCGCCCUCUGCGCUGUCCUGAUGCUGGUGGUCCUGGGAUCCCACCAAGCGGAUGCCGACUGUCUCUCCGGAAAAUACAGGGGUCCCUGUGCCGUCUGGGACAGAGAGACCUGCCGUAGACUGUGCAAGGAAGAAGGACGAGUCACAGGACACUGCAGCUCCAGGCUGCAAUGCUGGUGCGAAGGAUGCUGA